UUUAAGCACUCGUGGAUCCUUGUUUGCCCCUCACCGCGAAUCAGUUUCAACACACAUCAACUGACGGAGCUGGAGAAGGAGUUUCACUUCUCCCACUACCUUACUCGAGCGCGUCGCUACGAGAUUGCCAGUGAGCUAGGAAUCUCCGAGGCUCAAGUGAAAAUUUGGUUCCAAAACAGACGCAUGAAACUUAAAAAACGCCUUAAAAGUAACCGACACUUUUAA